AUGGAAUCCAUUUCCACCCAGAAUGCCCCGGAAUCUCAACCGCAAUUCAAGCUUAUGGAUCUCCCAACAGAACUCCACCUGCACAUCUCUUCGUAUCUCGCUUAUCCUGAUGCAUUGGCCUUGAAACACACUUCCCGCCACUUCUACUCUCUAGUUUACACCGGCGUGCAUCUAAAAGUCGACUGGCUAGUCGAGCGUUUUGAGCGCAAACUGGAAUGUCCCAUGGAAAAAUGCUCGUUCCGCACAGACGAGGCCUUUUGUAACUGGCGCAUUCGACGAAUCAUGGAGCGCAGGCGCCGACAUCUCGAAUGCCUCCGACACAGAGGUGGCUGUCUGGUGAUUGAAGGCCGGACAUGUCAGAUGGAUUUAGUUCCGACCUGGCUGAAAAGACCAGGUCGAGUCAAGCUAAUCAAACUAGUUGGGCAUGAAGUUCUGAUCCACGGGUUUAUCGUGCUUUGUAUUCAUCUGCUCUGGGCACUCUGCACUAGGUUUGACUUGAGUUUGAGCCUGUCUGCGGACUGGUAA